AUGAGAUUGAUGGGUUCUCUACCUCCUACUCCAAGACGAGACGACUUUUUGGGUAUGUUGGGAGUGAGUGAGGGAGUGAGUGAGGGAGUGAGUGAUGGAAAUGGAAAUGGAAAUGGAAUCACGGUCGAUCCUCCAAAUUAUUUACCGUUCUGGUCUGCACUUUUCAUCGCUUGGCCUUGA